GAACGAUAUGAAUGGUUCAUGUCGAAUUUUCAGUGUAACCACCUAGAUGAUGAAAUGGCUUUUCCCAGAAUCGCAAAAAUAUAGGUUAAUCGCGUGUCGGGUAGGCACCUAAAAUUAGCUGAAAUUUUCUAUUGGGCGUACUGGAGGUCCUAGGUUAUCGAUUCUUCUAAUACAUAGGUCCCUAUUAACCCCUCUCGACGCGCCUUACAAAAGUUCAUGAAUAGGUGCCGUUGAAAAGAAAAAGGGGGCUUCGACAUGGAUAUCUUCAAUACUACGAUCACAGCAGGCGCUAUGAUUAUCCAGUACCUAAGUGCCUGUUCUGAGUUCUCAUCAGAUGCAAAAGCACUCAAGGCUGGUCUUGAAUGGGAUCUGAGAGCCUUGACGCAAGCCCAAAAAUAUUUCUCGUCGGGGGAAUUCGAGAAGGGAAACCAGUACCGGGAACCCGACGAAGUGGCGUUAAUGGAACGUACCGCGGAGUACCUAAACUUUCUAGUUCACAAAGUGCACAAAAGCCUCCACAAGAUCGAGCGAGGGGAUCGGCUAUCACACACCAUCAACAUGACUACAUGGAUAGCGAGACGAUCCCAGAUACAGGGAAUGGCAAGAGAGAUCCAUGAAUGGACCGGGAGGUUCGAUGUACGUGUUCUGAGCCUGCCAGGACAGGUUAGGACAUCUAUCUCCGCUGCAGAUGGCGGCAAAGAGAGCAUUCGGCAAUCAUCAAUCAUUGGCAGUGGUGAUAAACUCCAAGAGUUUCUUGCUCUUUCCUCGACCGCGAAGAUAGCAGGGGCUAAAGACAUUCUGCUGCAAGCCCCAGAUGGAAUAAUCGCCCAACUCAAAGCUAUUCAGGAUAUCUCUUCGCUCCCUUUCCGGUACGGUGACUGUCAAGUGACAUUCUGCAGCCGAGAAGUCCCGGCGGAGUGCCGACCGGGUACAUCAGACUUCGAGAUGCUUGUGCGUCAGAUGGGAGAACUUGCUGCAGCACUUACCUGCCUUGACCCUGAUAUGGAUGUUCGACUACUCAAAGUGAACUAUUAUUUCUACCACCCUGACUCCAAUCAAUUUCUAUUUGCUCAAGCCCUGCCAUAUAAUGUUCAUUCUAUAAUGACAUUACAAGAGUACAUCAAAUAUGACCCGUUCCCUGGUACCAAAACAACCUUAAACGAACGCCUCAAAUUAGCAUACAAGCUCAGCGAAUCAAUCUUCUUCCUGCACACAGCAGGUUUCUUGCAUAAAAACAUCACAUCUCGGAGUGUUGUUAUUCUCCGGCGCUUCACCGGUCAAGACGAGGAACUGUGCAUUCCUACCGGAAUUGAUGAGGCUUAUCUGAUGGGGUUUGAUCUUAUACGUGGCGUUGACGCCAAAACAUACAAGGAGGGCACGCGGAACGAGCACGACAACGCAUCUCAGAGAAAUGUAUGGGACUUCGAUAUCUUCCAACAUCCGGUGAGGCUGCAGGGAGACAAUAGCCCAAGGUAUAUCAAAGCACAUGACGUUUAUAGCCUCGGCGUCGUAUUACUUGAGCUUGGCUUUUGGCAACCACUUCCGACGGUUGUUGGACUAAUAGACCAAGGCAAUCCAUCCCAUUGGGCGAAUUUCUUGCUUCAUAUUGCCCCAGGCAUGCGCCAGAGAGUGGGGGCAAGAUAUCACCGGGUUGUUGAUUGGUGUUUAAGCCUGGAAGGAGAUCACGAUGUUAAAAAUAUUGAGUUCAUGCAAAAGGUCUUGGAUCCACUCGAGGAGAUAAUGAAUGUUCUGGCAUAACAUGGAACAAACAGGUGUUCUUCUCGGAGUUUUAGGUAGUCACCGAGAGCUUAGGUAGUAAUCAGGAACUUGCUGCUGA